AUGAAAGAAGAGAAAAUGAGUGGAAGGAACAGCCAUCAAGUAGAAGAAGUUGUUGUAGUACAGCCAAGAACAACUCAUAGGUUACUUCAGGUGUGUGUAUUUGCUUUGUUUCAUUGUCUUGUUCUUAGGGGAAUGGCCAAACGAAAGAAAUUGCUUUCUCUUAAGGGAAUGGAUGUGAGACCUAUGAUGGAAGUUGUUAAAGGAGCAGCUUUUGGGAUUCUCCAGGCUGCUGGCGGUUGUCCAGCGUCUCUGCGACCUGCUAAGUGGUUGGAUUUUUACAGUGGUACAGGAUCUGUAGGAAUUGAAGCAAUCAGUCGAGGAUGUUCUGAGGCACACUUUGUUGAGAUGGAUCCUUGGGUUGUUUCGAAUGUUCUACAACCAAACUUGGAACACACUGGGUUUGUUGAUGCUUCGGUUAUACACACUGCUCCAGUCGAAAACUUCUUGGAACGUGCUGAUAAAACAGUAGGCAUGUCUAGUCUUUAA